AUGCUGGGCCCCAAUUUUCGGGUCGGCAAGAAAAUUGGCUCGGGCAACUUUGGAGAGCUUCGACUUGGCAAAAACCUUUACACCAACGAAGAUGUGGCCAUCAAACUUGAACCUGCCAACACCCGUGCGCCGCAGCUAUACCUCGAGUACCGCUUUUACCAGCUCUUGGGCCAUAGCGUAGGCGUGCCCAAGUGCUACUAUUUUGGCUCUUGCGGCAAAUACAAUGGCCUUGUCCUCGAGCUCCUGGGCCCCAGUCUGGAAGACCUCUUUGACAUGUGUGGCCGACGUUUCAGCCUCAAAACCGUGUGCAUGUGUGCCAUCCAGCUCAUCACGCGCCUAGAAUACGUGCACUCCAAACACAUUGUGUACCGUGACAUCAAGCCUGAAAACUUUCUUGUUGGCCGCCGCUCCCUGCAUGGUGACUCGACCAUCCACAUUAUCGACUUUGGCCUCUCCAAGGAGUACAUUGACCCCGAAACAAACAAACAUAUCCCAUAUCGCGAGCGCAAAAGCCUCACCGGCACCGCCCGCUAUAUGAGCAUCAACACCCACCUUGGCAAGGAGCAGAGCCGUCGCGAUGACCUCGAAGCCUGCGGCCACAUGCUCAUCUACUUUCUCCGCGGCAGUUUGCCGUGGCAAGGCCUCAAGGCUGACAACCUCAAGCAACGGUACCAAAUGAUUGGUGACACCAAGAUUCAAACACCCAUUGACGUUCUUUGCAAAGGCUUCCCCACCGAAGUGGCCACCUACUUGCGCUACUGCCGCUCCCUUGACUUUUACGAGGAGCCCGACUAUCCCUACCUGCGCCAACUCUGGUGGGACAUUUUCAAGCGCGAGCAAUUCAAGGAUGAUGGUAUCUAUGACUGGACCAAGCGCGCGCCCUCAACCAAAUCCAAGCCUCUUCUUGAUGCCGUGCCGACACAAGGCGCAAAUUACAGAAUCAAGUAG